CUGCACUCACAGUAUUCACUGGCCCAGAGCAAGUGAAGGCCAGUGGAGAAUGAGCCCGUUUGCCUCUGAGUCAGCAUGGCUCUGCUUGGCUGCCGCUGCAGUGCUGGGGGGCACGCUUCUCUGCGGAUGCCGGAGUGGCAGGCAGCUGCGGAGCCAGGCGGUGUGUCUCGCUGGCCUCUGGGGAGGUGCCUGCCUGCUCAGUCUGUCCCUCCUCUGCACCUUGUUCCUCUUAUCCGUGGCCUGCUUCCUUCUUCUGUAUAUGAGUUCAUCUGACCAAGACUUGUUACCUGUGGAUCAAAAGGCCGUGCUGGUGACAGGUGCUGAUUCCGGUUUCGGUCACGGUUUGGCCAAGCACCUGGACAAGCUGGGUUUCACAGUGUUUGCUGGAGUGCUGGACAAAGAGGGCCCGGGAGCAGAGGAACUGAGAAAACACUGCUCUGAGCGUCUUUCAGUGCUCCAGAUGGAUGUCACCAAGCCAGAGCAGAUAAAAGAUGCUCACAGCAAAGUCACAGAGAAGAUACAAGACAAAGGACUGUGGGCCGUGGUUAACAAUGCCGGGGUCUUCCACUUACCUAUCGACGGGGAACUCAUACCCAUGAGCAUCUACAGAAAAUGCAUGGCCGUGAACUUCUUCGGAACUGUCGAGGUCACCAAGGCGUUUCUGCCUCUACUUAGAAAGUCCAAGGGGAGGCUGGUGAACGUCAGCAGCAUGGGAGGCACGGUUCCACUUCAAAUGACAUCAGCUUAUGCAGCCACAAAGGCAGCUCUAACCAUGUUCUCAACAAUCAUCAGACAGGAGCUUGACAAAUGGGGAGUUAAAGUUGUGACCAUCAAACCCGGAGGCUUCAAAACAAACAUCACAGGCUCACAGGACAUUUGGGAUAAAAUGGAGAAGGAAAUCCUGGACCACUUUUCCAAAGAUAUUCAGGAGAACUAUGGCCAGGACUACGUCCAUACACAGAAGCUCAUCAUCCCGACCUUGAAAGAGAGGUCCAACCCGGACAUCACCCCUGUGCUUCGGGACAUCCAGCAUGCCAUUUCUGCAAGGAACCCCUCUUCCUUUUAUUACCCAGGGCGAAUGGCUUACCUGUGGGUCUGCUUAGCAGCCUACUGCCCCACCAGCUUACUUGACUAUGUUAUAAAAAAAGGUUUUUAUCCACAACCCACGCCGAGAGCUUUAAGGACAGUGCACUAGAAGCACAAGGCCCCAGUGGGGUGGGGAAUGUCACAUUCUUAAGAUGAAAGCAAAACCUCUUAUUAAACUAAUUUUCUACCUCA